UCCUCAUUCGACAUUUUUCCACACAUUGAUAACAGUCUGAAUCAUUCUUCAUGGAAUCCUUUGCAACGCUUUAUGGAGAAUUCCUAAGCGCGGCGAUGAUGGGUGUAGCAAGAAGCGCUAUCACGUGACCAUUCGCGUAUCUUGUGACCGCUCCGAUCGAUUGUGUUCGAUCGGGACUUCCACGACUGCAAGUCGUCGGGAAUAGGACGGAACAGAAAAGCGGAUUGUGACUUUCAGACGGCAGAUGCUCGGAACAAAAUCGAUUUGAUUGUCUUCUUAGCCCGUAAUUUUCAACAUCAAAAAUGGGUUCGCUCUUUCGCAGCGAAGAGAUGACCUUGUGUCAGUUGUUCCUUCAGAGUGAAGCUGCUUAUGCUUGUGUGUCCGAACUCGGUGAACUCGGCCUAGUACAGUUUCGUGAUUUAAAUCCUGACGUCAAUGCCUUCCAACGGAAGUUUGUCAAUGAGGUGCGUCGCUGCGAUGAGAUGGAGCGCAAGCUGCGCUACCUGGAGAAGGAAAUCAAAAAGGAUGGCAUCCCCAUGCUGGAUACCGGUGAGAAUCCGGAGGCUCCGCAACCCCGAGAGAUGAUUGACCUGGAAGCCACCUUUGAGAAGUUGGAGAAUGAGCUGCGGGAAGUGAACCAGAAUGCUGAGGCGCUGAAACGCAACUUUCUGGAGCUGACAGAGCUUAAACACAUCCUGCGAAAGACCCAAGUUUUCUUCGAUGAGGCUGAGCAUGGAGGUGUCGUGUCGCAGAUGGCAGACCCCAGCCGUGAGGAAGAGCAAGUCACUCUGUUGGGUGAAGAGGGCCUCCGCGCUGGCGGCCAGGCUCUCAAGCUCGGCUUCGUCGCGGGAGUCAUCCUGAGGGAGCGCAUCCCCGCGUUCGAGCGCAUGCUGUGGCGUGCGUGCCGUGGAAACGUCUUUCUGCGCCAGGCGGAAAUUGAAACCCCUCUGGAGGACCCCUCGACGGGCGACCAGGUGUUCAAGUCGGUCUUCAUCAUUUUCUUCCAAGGCGAUCAGCUGAAAACUCGCGUGAAGAAAAUUUGCGAGGGCUUCAGGGCGACCUUGUAUCCCUGUCCGGAGGCGCCGGCUGAUCGCAGAGAGAUGGCUAUGGGCGUUAUGACUCGCAUCGAAGAUUUGAACACUGUUCUAGGACAGACGCAGGACCACCGUCACCGCGUCCUCGUGGCUGCUGCGAAGAACAUCAAGAACUGGUUCGUCAAGGUGCGCAAGAUUAAGGCAAUCUAUCAUACUUUGAAUCUCUUCAACUUGGACGUCACUCAGAAGUGCUUGAUCGCCGAGUGCUGGGUGCCCGUUCUGGACAUCGAGACUAUCCAGUUGGCGUUGAGACGUGGAACGGAGCGCAGCGGCAGUUCGGUGCCGCCUAUUCUGAAUCGCAUGGAGACAUUCGAGGACCCGCCGACGUACAAUCGGACCAACAAGUUUACGAAGGGCUUUCAGGCGUUGAUCGACGCCUAUGGAGUCGCCUCUUACCGCGAGAUGAAUCCCACGCCUUACACCAUCAUCACAUUCCCGUUUCUGUUCGCGAUCAUGUUCGGCGAUACCGGCCACGGUCUCAUCAUGUUCCUGUUUGGCGGCUGGAUGGUGCUAAAGGAGAAGCCGCUGGCGGCGAAGAAGAGCGACAACGAGAUCUGGAACAUCUUCUUCGGCGGUCGUUACAUUAUAUUCCUUAUGGGCUUAUUUUCGAUGUACACCGGCCUCAUCUACAAUGACAUCUUCUCCAAGUCGCUCAACAUCUUCGGCUCCAACUGGGUGGUGCACUACAAUCGCAGCGUGGUCUGGAACAACAAAGACCUACAGCUGAACCCCAGUUCCUCGGAUUACAUCGACUAUCCGUAUCCGUUCGGCAUGGAUCCGGUGUGGCAGCUGGCCGAGAACAAGAUCAUCUUUCAGAACUCAUACAAGAUGAAGAUCUCCAUCAUAUUCGGCGUGAUACACAUGAUGUUCGGCGUGAUGGUGGGGCUGUGGAAUCACAUGUACUUCAAGAAGCGCAUGAACAUCACCUGCGAGUUCGUGCCGCAGGUCAUCUUCCUCAUGUCACUGUUCUUCUACAUGGUGCUACUUAUGUUCAUCAAGUGGAUCAAAUACGGCCCGAAGAACGAUCUGAUCGAAGGACCCGGCUGCGCGCCAUCGGUCCUCAUCACCUUCAUCAACAUGGUGCUCUUCAAACCGUCCGUGAAGAUCGGCUUAUGCGAGCCUUACAUGUACGGCGGUCAGGCCGGUCUGCAAAAGUUCCUGGUGGUCGUCGCGCUGCUCUGCGUGCCGUGGAUGCUGCUGGCGAAGCCGGUGAUGAUGAUGCGCAACCGCAAGAAGCAGCACUAUCAGCUCAACAAUCACGGCGCCGAGAACGGCGACGUGGACGCCGGCAUGGGAACGCUGCAGCAGAGCGGCGGCGGCGGCGUCACUCAGGGCGGCGGGGCUGGCGGUCACAAAGAGGAGGAGGAGGAGAUGAUGGAAGUAUUCAUCCACCAGGGCAUUCACACCAUCGAAUACGUCCUCGGCAGUGUGUCGCAUACCGCGUCCUACUUGCGACUCUGGGCGCUGUCCCUCGCCCACGCACAGCUGUCCGAGGUGUUGUGGAACAUGGUGAUGAGAAACGGCCUGGCGAGAGAGGGCUGGGACGGCGGCAUCGUUCUUUAUCUCGUCUUCGCCUUCUGGGCUGUGCUCACCGUGGGCAUCCUCGUGCUCAUGGAAGGCCUCUCGGCGUUUUUGCACACGCUUCGUCUACAUUGGGUGGAAUUCCAGAGCAAGUUUUAUUCUGGAUUGGGAUACAGCUUCACGCCGUUCUCUUUCGAGAUCAUCCUCGAUGCCGCGCAGGCCACCACUGAGGAUUAAAAUAAUUAUUUGUCUUUACUUAACAACUCCUCAGCAAUUGUUUGUUUUUAAUAGAAGAAGUUGAAUACGAGGAGCAAUAGGAGGAUCAAUUAAAAAGGUUUAAAAAUUGUUAAUUUAAUACUUAUUUCUUGGAAUAAAUCAGUUGCGAAUAAUUAAUAUAAACGAGAUGACUCUUGUGAAUAUAUAUAGUCUCGAUUAAGCCUCGAUUAUUCUAAUCGAUCAAAGUACGAAUAUGCUUUUUUUUAUAAUUAUCUUAUAUAAUUCUUUAACUAUAGCGUUUUGUUUAAUAAAAUUUGUAAAAUUUAUAGCACCAAAUCACGACGAGAAAAUAUUCUCACGUGUAUGUGCAUAAAAGUUUUCGUUAAAUUGAUAAAUUGUAAAUAAAUUCAAGAUUGAAAAUUUUUUUUUUUUUUGUUAAAUAUAACUAUGCUUCUCUCCUCUGUCAUCGUCUAAUAUUAGAAGCAUCGCAGCUUUAUGAAUUUCCAAGUGUGAGAACGCCGCGGAAUUCUCCUUACAUGUUGUAGAGCUUGUAGAUCUGAAAGCAAAAUGUGUGUACGUCGCAUUGAUAACCGAUCGAUCGAUGUUAUUCAAUAUAUUCAACAUAUUCUGUAUGUAAUAAAGAAUGUGGCAUAGUGA